AACUUCUCCUUCUUCUCUUCUCCAUUCACUCAAGGAGAAUCAACCAAAAGCAGAAGACUCGGAAAGACAUCUUUCCAACAUUCUGAAAAAUGGCCUUGUUUGAAGUCCUUUUCAAGAGAACAUCUACUUUUGCGCUGACAGUUGCUGUUGGUGCGUUCGUCUUCGAGCGAUCAUUCGAUGCUCUCACCACCACAAUCUUCGAUAGAAUUAAUGAAGGAAAGCAGUGGAAAGACAUCAAGAAGAACUAUGAACAAUGAGAAACUUUUUGUGGCAUGCUGUUAAGGAGCAUUUUCUGUUUGUAGAUAUUAAUUAAGUGACACAAAUGUUUUGACCCUUCAUUUAAUAUUGCUCUAGAUGUGUCGGUCCAUAAAUGGAUAAUUUAGAGACAGGCCAUCUGUUAAGAGUUUCUGUAAAUGCUCCUGUAACUCAGGAAUGAGUGCCAGAGCAAUGCAAUAUAACAACAUUAUGAAAUAAAACAAAAUGAAGAAUUA